CGCCGAGAAGGCGCGAGUGUGCAGUGAGACACGGUGGCGGCUGGUUCGAGGAUAUACGCGAAUUUAAAAAGUUCGUUUUAUUUAAAGUGGUGUACAAAAAUUUCUUAAUUUCUUUUUUUUUUAAUGCUAUACCUUGCAUUAUUUAUAAAUUUCUUUGUCAAUAAUUUUCUUUUUAUCGUCGUUCCACUCGACACUGUGUUCUCGUGCUGCACUGACAGAAAAAUACAGUAUAUAAAGUGAACCAUGGCGGCUCUUAAACGUAUAAUCGACCUAUCAAAAAGUCUUAAAACAGUGGCGACUACGUCUCGUCCUUGUUUGCAAUCAUCGAAAAAGACCUAUUUUACGUACGUGGAUGAACCUUCUAUGCCAAUACCAGACAAACAACCUUGUUGGCUGAAAACUGCUGAUGAAGCCAUCGAGAAAGCGGAACUAGAUUCAGAUCAAGCGGUAUUCGUUCAGGGAGCGGCAGCGACGCCGGUCGAAUUAUUAAGGGCAAUGACUGAUUAUGGUGUACGAUGCGACGUUAGGAAUGUACGAUUGUAUCAUAUGCAUCUAGAAGGCCCAGCUCCAUACGCAAAACCGGAAAUGGCAAAACAUUUCAGGUCUAUCAGCUUCUUUAUCGGGGGCAACGUAAGACCGGCUGUUCAGGCAGGUCACGCUGACUGCAUUCCAAUAUUCUUACACGAGAUUCCACGAGUGUUCGACGAAGGAUACGUUAAACCAGACAUCAGUCUUAUACACGUAUCACCCCCUGAUGACAAAGGAUUCUGUUCGCUCGGUACUAGCGUAGACUGCGUAAGAGCUGCCGCGAGUAAAUCAAAACACAUCGUAGCAUUGGUGAACAAGCACAUGCCAAGAACAUUUGGCGAUGCCAUCAUUCAUGUAAGUCAUUUGGAUUUCGCCGUGGAACACCACGUUCAACUUCCGGUACAUCCUGUAAAAACACCUUCGAAAGAAGAACAGCAAAUCGGUAAAUAUAUCGCUGAGAAUUUAGUAGGAGAUGGAGCUACCUUGCAAAUGGGUAUCGGUAGCAUACCGGACGCGGUGCUGUCGCUUCUUGGCAAUCACAAAGACCUUGGAAUUCAUAGUGAAAUGUUUAGCGAUGGUGUAGUAGAUCUGGUAAACAAGGGAUGUAUCACGAAUAAUCGUAAGACAAUGCACAAAGGCAGGAUCGUUGGCUCGUUCUGCGUUGGUUCACAAAAAUUGUACGACUUUAUGCACAACAAUCCUUUCAUUGAAAUGCUGGUAGUGGAUUACGUGAAUAAUCCAAAGAUAGUAGCGAAGCAACCAAACAUGACAGCCAUCAAUUCCUGUAUUGAAGUUGAUAUCACUGGUCAAAUUUGUUCCGACAGUAUUGGAACUAAAAUGUAUUCCGGAUUUGGUGGACAAUUAGACUUCAUCACAGGUGCAGCGAUCAGCGACGACCAUUGCGGAAAGCCUAUCAUUGCGUUACAAUCUGUUACUUCGAAAGGUGUUAGCAAAAUUCAACCAGUCUUAAAAUUAGGUGCUGGUGUCGUUACGAACAGAGCAGUCGUUCGUUUCGUGGUCACAGAGCAUGGAAUUGCUAGUUUGUUUGGUAAAAAUCUUCAACAACGAGCGUACGAACUGAUUCAAGUUGCCCAUCCCGAUCACAGAGAAGCAUUGGAAAAAUCAGCAUUUGAACGUCUGCACGUAAUGCCAGCGCCAUAAGCAUUUCUAAAAAAGCCACACGCAAAGGAUAUUUCUAAUAGCAUUUUGCAAUAGUUGUUAAUACGCGCGUAACGUCGAUCUGCGUUUGAAAACAACUACCAUAAAUAUUUCUUGAUUUCAUGUAACUGUUUUUUUUUUUUUUUUUCUU